AUGAGAGAAAAGCUAAAGGCUGUGCUCCAUAGGAGGAAGAGGUCUACGCCAACACAGUCUCCCCGAGGAUCAUAUGAGCGGUCUGAGGAGGGGAGUCCGCGCUCUGGGCAACAUUCUACAUCCUCUCGUCAACCCAGUCGGGCAGGCCGGCAAUCGACUUCCCUGUCAUCUGAUUCUUUCUAUAGUAGCCAGUCUAAUGACGCUAAACCUAAUGACUCUGUCGCAGAUGGCAACAGUCCUCACCGUCCUGUGCUUGCGUCAGACGAAGACCUGAUACUGGAAGGCAGCAAUGCCGAUACCUACAGAUCAUUUUGCUACCCUGAUAGCUUGGAACAUGCUUCAGCAAUACCCGGUUCAUUCAACGACGACUUCAGCGAUUAUGAGGAGCAACCGAUUGGCACGGCUGUGACCACCAAUGAUAGCGUCGUAGAGGGAGCUCACAUGCGCAAUGCAGAGGAUAACAGCAAUGGGCAACUUCAAAGCCCGGUGAGGGAAAGGCCUCAUCAUGCAGAAAAGAUUGUCAAAGCCAUGGAUUUCGACUCCACGGGAGACAAUUCUGGGAUGGAUGUUGGUGAGGAGUGGAAAGCCAGGCAGGAGUCAAUGCUCAAGGGCGUCGUGGACUUGAGCCAUACAGUGGAUACAGACAGAGAGACUACACGGGCCCCAGCGGUCACACACGAGGUCAUCAAGCCCCACGAACACGAGGUUAUCCAGCACAAAAUAUACCGAGAGAUUCACAACUAUACCUAUUACCACCGAAUACAGCCUGUGAUGCAGACAGAAGUUCUUCCACCUCGUCAUUUCAUCCCCAACCCCGACGGCGAGGGCCUGAUUGAAAUAUCCGCCGACGAGCUACCAUCACGUACCGGCAAAAACAGAUGGUGGGACAUUGUUCAGAAGGUGCCAGAACUUCCAGCGGCACCGUUCCAGUGGCGCACUGAGCCACAAAUUAUCGAGGGAAAACCAUAUAUGACCGAGGAGGGGUUUGAACGCAGAGAAACCACAAUCAUAUAUCCCCCAACACUGAAGGAUAUGUCGGGCUACGGCGGACUGGUACAGCCUGUUCAUUUCGACCAUAAGACUGGCGAGCGGUGGCUGGGGGAGAUAACUACUGUCGAGAAGCUGAAUCAAGAACUGGCGCGUACAGGCGAUGAAGAUUUCAUGGCGAUGAAGGAGGUCAAGGCUGAUGUACCGGAAAUCCCCUCCAGCCCAUCAACCAAGCUAAAUCCUGCUGGGCGAGUGUGCAUCUAG